CUUCGGUCACGAUGGCAUCUAAUACGGCCGAGCCCCUGCACGAGGCGACCGGCGCCACGGUGAUCGUGGCCGAGCUGCCCGCAGGCGCCGCCGUCUGCACGACCCUACCGGAUCUCCUCUACCUACCCGAACUGGUUUUGGGGGUUCUGGUGUGGAUCUUGGUGGCGUGCACCCUGGUGGUUCCGGCCAACCCGCUAGGUUGGGUGAUGUUCGUCAGCGUCUUCUGCUUCGUCGUCACGUCUUUGUGGAGCCUGGUCUUCCUGUGCGGGUGUCAUUCCAACAAAAGCGGCUGGGCGGCGGCAGAUUUCGGCUACCACUUGGUGGCCGCCGUCUUCUAUUUGAGCGCCUCCGUGUCCUUGGCGGGGGUCACGCUGGACAUCCGGCACGCCGGCAGCUUGCAGAACUACCGGCUGGACAUCUCGGCCGUGGUCCGUCGCGCACGCCGUCCGUCGUACAUACGGAAGGGUCCCGCUUGCCGUUAUUGGCACCCCUUCAUUUUUUUACUACAAUAACUUGAAAAAUAAAUGCAAAUUUUGCCAACGUAUAGAAUGAAGAUAUUUAAAGUGGAGGCCCAAAGUAUUUUAAGAAAGGAAAUUGAUUCCAUUUUUCAAAUGAUGUACUUGAACAUAAUAAUGGGUGGGUGCCAUCCAUCGAUUGACGGCUAUUUGGAUCAUUCGUUAGGCUGAGCGUAAAUGCAUUUAAUUGACAGUUGUGCGCUUGUGUCUUCAGGUGUUUUCGUACGUGACCGCGCUGCUGUACUUUGUGCACGCCAUCUUGUCGGCCGUGCGCUGGAAGACCUUCUGAUCUGCAGUAUUUGCCUCUGGCCUCCGUCACAGUUGUGGAUUUGAUUUCUAAAUCAGCAGCAGUGACAUACAAAUGUUGAAUCCAUUCAAAAGGGCUCAAGAAAAUGACUCGUAAAUCUAUGACGUAUUUGGUCUCGGCGUUAGUCGAUGACACCACCUUGACUGCGGUGUUGAUUUUGGCAGUCCUUUUCAUUUGAGUCUUUUGGACCAAAUAAUGAUUGGUCUUAGUCAUAGUUUAGUCCUCUCAAAAUGUCUAGAUGACUUGAAAUGUUUUCGUCUGUAAAAUUCAAAGGUUUUCCUUCAAAAAUAAAGGUUUCUAACCAUUUGGAAUGGACAUUGACGGACGAGCACGUACUACCAGCUCAAAGAAUGUUGGAUUUUUGGUCAAAUGUUGGAUUUUUCAGUGAAUAAA